GAGCUGAAUGAUGACAACCUUGCAGAGUAAAGAUGAAUGCGGGAAGGGACCAAAGAAAACCUUUGCCCCACCUGCACAAAAACUGCAUAGCCUGAUGCCCUGUAACCUUAACUCAUCGAAGGAGGACAUCCUGGGGAUCAGUUCCCCAGAGGCAGAGACCAGGCCAAGCCUGCUAAAGGCCAGGUUAGAGAAGAAGAAGGAGAAAACAACCAAAGAGAAUGGUACAGGCAGUGGCCAGGAGAUAAAAGGAAAGGCUCAAGACAACAAGAAAGCAGAGAAGAAGGAAAAGGGAAAAUCAACUCUUACCAAUGCAGAAUUUGAGGAGAUUGUCCAGAUUGUGCUACAGAAGUCCCUCCAGGAGUGCUUGGCGACUUCCUGUGCCCAGCCUACAAGAUGUACCCAGUUAGACAAGGAACCAGGAAUUGCUUCUUCUACUACUGAUAAUAAUAAUGCUGAUGGAGAGAGGGUAGUGGUACCGCAUAUUCUAGAGAUUUCAGCCUCUCAGGAAGGUGGAGUAAUCCCUGAGAUAAAGACAUCUAAGCCAGGCCAGCCAGAUCCUGCACCCUCUGAGAAGAAAUUCAAUAAACUCUCCUUAAGCAAAAGAAAGAAGGCCGCUCAAGAUGAGAAAAUGGAGAAAGCCCAAAGUGGACAUGAGCACAAACAGAAAGACCAACUGAAGAAAACAGUUCAGGAUCAUUCUCAGAUCAGGGACCAGCAAAAAGGAGAGGGAAGUGGUUUUGGUCAAUGUCUAGUCUGGGUCCAGUGUUCCUCCCCAAACUGUGAGAAAUGGAGGCGGCUACGUGGGAACAUUGACCCCUCAGUCCUCCCAGAUAAUUGGUCCUGUGACCAGAAUACAGAUUUGGAGUAUAAUCACUGUGAUAUCCCUGAGGAGACCUGGACAGGGCAUGAGAGUGAAGUGGCCUAUGCCUCCUACAUCCCAGGAUCCAUCAUCUGGGCCAAGCAAUACGGUUAUCCCUGGUGGCCAGGCAUGGUAGAAUCUGAUCCUGACCUGGGGGAAUAUUUUCUUUUUGCAUCUCAUCUUGAUUCCCUGCCGUCCAAGUACCAUGUGACAUUUUUUGGAGAAACAGUCUCUCGUGCUUGGAUCCCAGUCAACAUGCUAAAGAACUUCCAGGAGCUAUCCCUGGAGUUAGCUGGAGUGAAAAAGUGCAGGAGUAAGGACUGCAGCCAGGAACUGGGGGCAGCCCUGAUGAUGGCUCAAGAGGCAGAGCAGAUCAGUAUUCAGGAGCGGGUUAACCUGUUUGGUUUCUGGAGCCGAUACAGUGGAUCUGACAACAGUGGGGAAGGAAAAGACGUAAUGCUCUCUGGGGCUAACAGCUUAGAUUCCUGCUUGGAGAAAGAAGAGGAAGAGUCAGAGUUGGAGGAAGAGGAGGAAGAGCAACAGAAAAAAGAUCCAACUUUGCCUGGUCCCAAGCCAGCCAAAAUUCAGACAAAAAAACCCAAGGCAAGAGGUGGAGCACAUGGACGAGAUGGGAUCCCGCAAAGGAAGACAAUGAAGAGAUCUCUGGGAAAUGAAUCUGCAGCUCCACCUUUACCCAUAAUGGGAGGGAAAAAAGGGCAUGGGAAUUCAGAACCUGAGCAGCCAGGCCCUAAGAAAAAAUUUAAAGCUCCCCAAAGCAAGGCCCCAGUAAGUGACUCAUCUGAGGACAAAGAAGCUAGAAUAGUGCCAGAGGUCCUGACCCCACCAGCUCCUCCCGGGGCCUGUCCCAUGGUGGGGAAAGAAGGGCCUGCACCCCAGGAGCCACGGCCUCAGGAGGCUGGAAGUGUCCCCUCUGACGAUGGAGCCUCCAGUGACCUGGACCUGGACCAACUCAUGGCGGAUGUUGGAGAAGAGCCGGAGCAGAGGGAGGAGCCACAGCACAGAGACGACGCAGGGGAGCUUGCCGUGGCCUCCUGUGAGGAAUAGCUGCGGGCUCGCACCUCCUUCCUGCUCUCUCAUCCCUCCUGUGGGAGCAGGAGGCAGAGCCUCUCAGAGGAUCCCCGAGAAGCUGAUAAAUGUUGGGGUUGUUCA